CCUGACUGCUUUAUAAAGUGAUCCUAAGCUGAGGCAGCUGAAGUUUCACGGUGUGGCCCUUUAAUCACUCAGCUCUCUGCAGACACUUCCAGCUCUCCAACCAGCUGACUUUCACACAUUGUGGAGACUUUUUGUGUCAUUGGGGGAACUUUUCUGGGAACUUUCUCCUCUUCUUCUUGUCGGGACUCUUGGUAACGAUGGAUCUGUCCGACCUUCCCUUCCCUCUCGCCUCCGCCGAUGACCUCUACGACGACCCCUGCUUCAGCACCAGCGACAUGAACUUCUUCGACGACCUGGACUCGCGGCUGAUGCACGCCGGCCUGCUGAAGUCCGAGGACCACCUGCAUCACCACCACCACCACCACCACGUCCCCAUCGCCGAGGAGGAGGACGAGCAUGUGCGGGCCCCCGGGGGCCUCCACCAGGCGGGGCACUGCCUGUUGUGGGCCUGCAAAGCCUGCAAGAGGAAAACGUCUCACGAGGACCGGAGGAAGGCGGCGACCAUGCGAGAGCGGCGGCGGCUCGGGAAGGUCAACGACGCCUUCGAGACGCUGAAGCGAUGCACGGCGUCCAACCCCAACCAGCGGCUGCCCAAAGUGGAGAUCCUGCGCAACGCCAUCAGCUACAUCGAGUCGCUGCAGGCGCUGCUGCGGAGCGGCCGGGACGACGGCUUCUACCCGCCGCUGGAGCACUAUGGCGGCGACUCGGGCGCCUCCAGCCCCCGAUCCAACUGCUCUGACGGCAUGAUGGAUUUCAUCUCUCCGUGUUCGACCAGAAGUGAGAAUAGCGACGGUUCGUACUGCAGUAACACAGACGAUUCCAGCAGCAGUAAACCGUCGCUCGUCUCCAGUCUGGACUGUUUGUCGAGCAUCGUGGAGCGGAUCAGCACAGAUCCGGCCGUGGCCCCCCCGGGCGACAGCGUGGUCCCCCGGGGCCCCGAAUCCCCUCAGAGCAGCCCUGCAGGCUCCAGCUCCUCCUCGGCUGAACCCAGCAGCAUCUACGAGCCGCUCUGAGCCCGAGCGAGCCAGGACUCUUAUUCCACUAAACAAACUUUAUUCUUCCUGUUUGAGUUUCUUCAGUUUUUAAUGAAGAUGCUGUUGAGUUCCAUCAAUCUG